GAACUGCCACUGGUACUAAAGCAGCUACUACUGGUAAAGUUACUGGUACUAAAGCAGCUACUACUGGUACUAAAGGAAAAGGAACUGCCACUGGUACUAAAGCAGCUACUACUGGUAAAGUUACUGGUACUAAAGCAGCUACUACUGGACAUCGUACUAUUGAACAUCAUACAUAUCAUACAACUACCUGUUCUCCCAAAGACGAUUACUUUAAUAGGUUCCACAGAUAUCCUGAUCCAGAUGCUGAAAAAUACUUUGAACAACACAAAAAAUAUUGUUCUCCCGCAGAGGAUUACUUUAACAAGCACAAAAGGCAACCUACUUACGAUGAGGAUCGUUUCUAUUACAAAGCCAAUAGGUAUCCCGGUACCUUAGAGAUUGAAUUCCAUAUAAAGUAUAAAAGAUAUCCUGAUGACGAUGAUAUUAAAUACUUUAAAAUAUACAAUAAGUAUCCUGAUCACAAAGAACGUUACUAUUUCAAAUACAAGAAGUAUCCUUCUGAAGAAGAGCAAAAAUAUUGUGACAAAUACAACAGAUAUCCUUAUCCCGAAGACCAGGAUUAUUAUAAUUUGCAUAAAAAGUAUCCUUUACCUGAAGAGUGUGAUUUCCAUCUCAAGCACAAAAGGUAUCCUUAUGACCAUGAACAAAAAUUCCAUGAGCAGUACAAAAGAUAUCCUUGUGACGAAGAAAAUAACUAUUAUAAAAAGAACAAAAAAUAUCUUUCUCCCGAAGAUUUUUACUUUUAUAAAUUCAAUAAGAAACCUAUAUCCCGGGAUUAUGAUUUCUAUAGAACAUACAAACGAUAUCCCACACCCGAGGAUAAUGAUUACUUUGAAAAACACAAAAAAUAUCCUGCAUCUUGUGCUGAGACUCCUGAAGAAUAUUACAGUAUAUUCAAAGAAUAUCCUUCUAAACGAGAGGCUGAUUAUUAUAACAUACAUAAGAAGUAUCCUUGCCCCAAAGAUGAAGAAUACUAUCAUAUACAUCACUCAUAUCCUCAAUAUCCCGGAGAAUUUCAUCAUCAUAAACACCGCAAUUAUGUAAAAGGAAAAAAGGAAGUCGAAUAUCAUUAUCAUAAACACCACCCCGUAGGAACUGAAUACCCUCAUCAUCAUAAACACCACCACAAACAUGAAAUUGAGUUCGAACAUCAUCACCACAAACAUGAAGGUGAGUUCGAGCAUCAUCACCACAAACAUGAAAGUGAGGUCGAACAUCAUCACCACAAACAUGAAAGUGAGUUCGAACAUCAUCACCACAAACAUGAAAAUGAGGUCGAACAUCAUCAUCAUCACCACAAACAUGAAAAUGAGGUCGAACAUCAUCAUCAUCACCACAAACAUGAAAAUGAGGUCGAACAUCAUCAUCAUCACCACAAACAUGAAAAUGAGGUCGAACAUCAUCAUCAUCACCACAAACAUGAAAAUGAGGUCGAACAUCAUCAUCAUCACCACAAACAUGAAAAUGAGGUCGAACAUCAUCAUCAUCACCACAAACAUGAAAAUGAG